ACUAGCGACUGAGCGGUCGCGGGUGUGGGUACCAUGGCGACGCGUGCCAGGGCUGGGGAGAAGAUGGCGGUCAGGUCCCGCUCCUCCGUAGGUGCUGGAACUGCAUUCCUCUUCUUGGUCCUCUACCGCAUCUCACCGGCCCAAACCUUCUCCUUCCCUCUCCAGCAGCCGCAGAAGUGCGGACACAACCAGUACUUCGAUAUCUCGGCGCUGUCCUGUGCCCCGUGUGGCGCCAACCAGAGGCAGGAUGCCCGAGGAACUUCAUGUGUGUGUCUACCAGGAUUUCAAAUGGUCUCUAAUAAUGGAGGACCUGCCAUUAUUUGUAAAAAGUGCCCAGAAAAUAUGAAAGGUGUUACCAAAGAUGGCUGGAACUGUAUUUCUUGCCCUAGUGGUUUAACUGCUGAAGGAAAAUGUUACUGUCCUACUGGUCACAUAUUAGUGGAGAGAAAUGUUAGUGGGUCCUUGUUAUCCCAAGCAACCUGCGAGCUUUGUGAUGACAGUGAAAACUCAUUUACAAAAGCAAAUGCUUUAGGAACCAGGUGCGUCCGAUGUGAACCAACAUUCGUGAAUACCAGCCACUCCUGUGCAUGUUCAGAACCCAACAUUUUAACAGGUGGAUUAUGUUUCAGCAACACAGGAAAUUUUCAUCAGCGUAUAAUUUCAACUGCACGCUAUGGAGACCUUGGCAUGUCUUUAAACUCAGAAUGGUUUACAAAGUAUUUGCAAGCAGCAGCAGCUGCAUGCUGGAUGCAUGCCAACCUGACCUCUUGCCAAGCCCUUGGGAAUAUGUGUGUAAUGAACAUGAAUUCUUAUGACUCCACCACAUUUGAUGCGUGUCGACUAUUUCAUUAUGUCUUUGAAAGUACAGCUGGAUUGAGUAGUGUUCAUUCUGUUCCGUUCUGGAGGCAGAAUCUUCCAUGGCUGUUUUAUGGAGACCAGCCAGGAAUGGCACCCCAAGUACUCAGCAGCACACCUCUUCCUCCAAAUUUCAGUUUUAAAGGACAAAACCAGAUGAAGUUUAUUGCUGCAUCUUAUGAUAUAAGAGGAAAUUUUAUCAAAUGGCAAACUUUAGAAGGUGGUAUUUUACAGCUUUGUCCAGACACAGAGAGAAGACUAGAUGCUGCUUAUUCCUUUGGAACAACCUACCAGCAGGACUGUGAGAUUUCUGUUUCUAAAAUCUUGGCUGACUUUCCCAGUCCUGUAUUUUAUGAUGUUUAUCUUGAAUAUACUGAUGAAGAUCAACACCAGAAUAUUUGGGCUGUGCCUGUAUUAAACCUAAAUCUUCAACACAAUAAAAUGUUUGUUAAUCAAGACAGUAGCUCUAGCAAGUGGCUUCUUACUCGGCGCAUUUUCUUAGUGGAUGCGGUAAGUGGACGAGAAAAUGAUUUAGGAAGUCAGCCAAGAGUGAUUCGUGUUGCUACCCAGAUAUCCCUGAGCAUCCACCUUGUACCAAACACAAAAAAUGGAAACAUAUAUACUCCCUUAAUCACCAUUGCCUACAGUGACAUUGACAUCAAAACUCCUAAUAGCCAGUCUGUGAAGGUUUCCUUCUCAGUCAAAUAUGAAAUGAAUCAAGGCGAUGCAUUUGUCCAGACAGAUGUUGCUUUGGGUGUAUUGGGUGGGCUAGCUGUGCUAUCAUCUCUCUUGAAGACUGCGGGGUGGAAGCGUCGCAUUGGGAGCCCCAUGAUUGAUUUACAGACCGUUAUGAAGUUCUUGGUUUACUAUGCUGGCGAUCUGGCUGAUGUCUUUUUUAUCAUCACGGUGGGAACUGGUCUUUACUGGCUUAUUUUCUUCAAAGCACAAAAGUCUGUCUCUGUUUUGUUGCCAAUGCCAGUUCAGGAGGAACGCUUUGUUACAUAUGUCGGCUGUGCCUUUGCUAUGAAGGCUCUGCAAUUUUUACAUAAGCUCAUAUCCCAGAUUACCAUAGAUAUAUUCUUUAUUGAUUGGGAACGGCCUAAAGGGAAAGUUCUUAAAGCUGUUGAAGGUGAGGGCGGCAUACGGAGUGCCACUGUUCCCGUAAGCAUAUGGAGAACAUACUUUGUAGCAAAUGAGUGGAAUGAGAUUCAGACUGUGAGAAAAAUUAAUCCACUCUUUCAAGUACUUACCAUCCUCUUCUUUUUGGAGGUUGUGGGGUUCAAGAACUUAGCAUUAAUGGACUCGUCCUCUAGUCUUUCUAGAAACCCAUCAGACUACUUAGCACCUUAUAGCCGCAUUUUGAGAUACGCUGUGUCUACUGCUAUCUGGCUGGUCAUUGGAAUCAUACAGAUUGUAUUCUUUGCUGCCUUUUAUGAGAGAUUCAUAGAGGAUAAAAUUCGACAGUUUGUUGACUUGUGCUCCAUGAGUAAUAUUUCAGUGUUCCUGUUGUCCCACAGAUGUUUUGGAUAUUACAUUCAUGGUAGAUCAGUCCAUGGGCAUGCAGAUACUAACAUGGAAGAAAUGAACAUGAAUCUUAAAAGAGAAGCGGAAAAUUUGUGUAGCCAAAGAGGUUUGGUACCCAACACAGAUGGUCAGACCUUUCAGAUUGCGGUUUCUAGUCAGAUGAGACAACACUAUGACAGAAUUCAUGAGACACUAACAAGGAAAAAUGGCCCUGCUAGACUGUUGAGUUCAUCAGCAAGUACUUUUGAGCAGAGUAUAAAAGCAUAUCAUGCAAUGAAUAAGUUUCUUGGUUCUUUCAUCGAUCAUGUUCAUAAGGAAAUGGAUUAUUUUAUAAAGGAUAAGUUGCUCCUUGAAAGAAUUCUUGGGAUGGAAUUCAUGGAACCCAUGGAAAAGAGCAUCUUUUACAAUGACGAAAGCUGUUCUUUCAGCAGUGUGCUAUAUUAUGGAAAUGAGGCUACGCUUCUGAUUUUUGAUCUGUUGUUCUUCUGCGUCGUGGAUUUGGCUUGGCAGAAUUUUGUUUUGGCAGCCAUCCUUACAUAUCUACAACAAGAGAUUUUUCGAUUUAUCCGCAAUACAGUAGGACAAAAGAAUUUGGCAACCAAAACACUGGUGGAUCAAAGAUUUCUGAUUUAACUAUGAUUAGAGAACUUAAGGACUCUAUAAUGAUAGCAAAGCCUUGAUACCAGGUUAUGUUUUUUAAAACUUGUAAUGCAUAUUAUUCUGUUUUCAUUUGGUUUUUUAAUCUACAGAAAGAUUUGUUUUUGUAACUUGUAAAAUGUGUGAUAUAAUAGAAAGUAACAUUUUCCCAUUACAAUUUGUAUUUAAUUCACUAAGUAAUGCAUUAACUCUGACAAUGUGCAAAGCAAUCCAAAUGCUGCUCAGCAGAGCACGUACUGAUGAUAAUCAAAACAGUUUCCUUCCUAGAUCAUUUCAGAACUUGAUUUGCUUACAUUUUCUCACACUGACAAAUUUAUUUGAUUUUAAGUAAAAACUAAUGUUAUGACAUUUACGGUUAAAUAUUAAAAGAUGUUUUCAGAUGUACUUAAAAACUUUGGUUUGUAUUAUUGCUGACUUGGUGUGCCUCAUUCUCAUAGCUCGCCCUGCUUGUCGGUGGACUAAUUCACUAUUGGGCAUCACUUGAAGCAGUGCACACCAGGUACAAAUCAAUUACCUUACCCACCUGUUCACUUUAGUCUUUCCAUCUCUGAUCGUUGACACUUUUAAAGCUGUGUCACAUUUUUCCCAGUAUAGCAUUUUUUUACACAUUUUAAUAUUUUAAGAGUACUCCUUCAAAGUGGUGCUCUUUAAUCAUGUGUAAAUAUUAUAAAUAACAAAGAGUAAAUUCAUCAUGUUAUAUUGACAAGGAAAUUAAUUGAAAGCAAAUUUGGGCUUCAUAAGUCAGUAGCUUUUUUUUUUUUUUUUUUUUUU